AUGCCCCAGGCACUCCGGGUGCUCCCGGUGGCCCUGCUGGCGGCGAGGCUCCCGGACCUCUCAUUCCUGAAGUCCCUGCCCGGUCUCGUCAACGAGGCUGGCCCUGGUGACCCUGGUGCCGGUGCUGGCACUGGCCCCGGUACCAUCAUUCCUGAUGCCGUGAACAGCAUCCCGGGCGUCAUUGGUGGCGCUCUGGGUAACGGCCCCGCUUCCGGCAUCGUGCCGGGCCUGGCCAAUGCUCUGCCGGGGCUCGUUAACGACACCCUUGCCGGAGGACCGGGCUCGGGCCCCGGAACUCUUCUCCCCGAUAACGUCAAUAACAUUCCCUCGGUAAUUGGCGGCGCGCUGGGUAACUCUACCACCUCGGCUGGCCUCAUCCCAGGACUCAUUGGCUCGCUGCCGGGCAUCGUCAAUGACACGAUUGGCGGAGCGGCGCCCGGUCCUCUGAUUCCUGAUGCCGUCAACAACAUGCCGUCGAUCAUCGGUGGUGCCAUUGGCAGCGUGCCGGGCAACGGCAGCGCCAUUGUCCCAGGCCUGCUGAAUGACCUCCCUGGCCUCGUCAACGGCGUCUUCCAGAACCAGACUGGCGCCGGCACCGUACUUCCCGACGCCAUCAACACGCUGCCUGGCGUCAUCGGUGGAGCGCUCUCCGGAGACAAUCCUGGCUCGGCUAUCCCCACUGUCAUUGACAACCUGCCGGGCCUCAUCAAUGGCAGUGUUGGCCAGACGGCGCCGGACUCUGGCGGUGCGAUUCUUCCGGGCCCCUUGAACGAGCUCCCUGGUAUCAUUGGCGGAGCCGUGAAUGGCAGCACCCCAAGCCCCGAGGGCGUCGUCCCAGGCCUCGUCAACAACCUGCCUGCUAUCGUGGCCGGGGCCAGCGGUAACCAGAGCGGCGCGGGGAGUAUUCUUCCUGGCCCGCUCAACGAGCUGCCUGGCCUUCUCAACUCAACUCUGGGAGCUGGUGGCCCAGUGGCAGGCACUCUGGUGCCCGGUAUCGUCAACGGUCUGCCUGACCUUGUCAACGGAGCUCUCAACGGUACCAAUGGUGGCUCUAGCGCCGGACCUGGAGGUUUACCCGGCACUCUGCUGCCCGGCGGCCUGAACGAGCUUCCCGGCAAUCUCACAGCUGGUCUUCCCAACGGAACGACUGCGGGCACUCUGUUGCCUUCCAUCAUUGGAGGGCUUCCAGGUGCUGUCAACAGCGUUGUCAAUGGCACAGCUGGGACUCUGAUCCCGGGCGUCGUGAACCAAGUCCCUGGCAUCAUCAAGGGUGCUGUGGAUAGCGGACCCAAUAUCGGUCCCCUCAUCCCCGGUAUCGUCGGCAGCUUCCCAGCCAUUGUCAAUGGUACUGUGAGCGGAGGCGACCAGCCACAGCAAGACCUCGAGACCCUCAUCCCCGGCAUCAUCGAGACCAUUCCUACCUGCGUAGAGGGUGCUUUGGGCAACGUUCCCAACGUCAAUCCGGCGGACAUCAUUCCCAUCGUUAUUGGCAGACUCCCAGACAUCAUCUCUCAGCUGCCCAACGUUACGACUCCAGGCCAGGUCCUUCCUGGUCCGCUGAACCAGCUGCCGGGUAUCAUCUCGGGUGCCAUUUCUGAUGCCGCCGGUGUUCAGCCUGGCGUCAUCGCCCCUGGUCUUGUGGCUACGCUCCCCUCUGUCCUCGAGGGACUCGUCAACAACCUGCCGAACACGGGUGGUGCAGUGCGCCCCACGAUUCCUGGCCUUUCCGAGAGCCUUCCUGGACUCUGCGAAGACGCUCUGAACUCUGGAUCAGGCGCGCUGAUCCCGGAAGUCGUCAACACUCUGCCUGGCGUCAUUGGCGGUGCCAUCUCCAACGGUCAGCUGCCUGGCUCGGCUAUUUCGCUGCCGGACCUGGUGAACAACCUGCCUGGUCUCAUCAACGAAGCGCUGAACAAGGGGCAGGAGGAGUGCAUCCCGGGCCCGGUCAAUAAUUUGCCAACCACGAUUGGCAACGUCAUUUCCAACGGAAGCCUGCCUAUCCCUAAUCUGCCCAUCAGCGACAUUAUCAACAACCUGCCAGAACUCAUCAAUGGCGCCAUCCAGACGGGAGCGGGCACUCUGAUCCCUGAUCGCCUGAACAACCUCCCUGCGGAUAUUGGCGUCUCUCUGAAUGCUACCGUCGGCCUGCCGGUCCCCGAGAUCCUCGCGAAUCUGCCAUCCAUCAUCAACAAUGCCGUCAGCAGUGGUAAUCCUGUCGCUAUUCCAGAGGUAAUCAACAAUUUGCCUGCCACCAUCGGCACGGCUGUGGGUGGUGCUACGAACCUGAUCCCCCAGAUCAUCGGAAAUCUGUCGGCCCUGGUGAACGAGGCUAUCAACAGCGGCGCAAGCACAGUGCUCCCUCCAGUGAUCAACAACCUGCCGGUCACCAUCGGAGGCGCCCUCAACGGUACUACCCUGCCGCCGGCUAUUAUUUCCAACCUCCCAGCACUGAUCAACGGUGCCAUCGGCAACGGUAGUGAGACCGCCGGUGGUGCGGCUACGCUUCUUCCGGAGGCUAUCAACACCCUGCCGGCUGUUAUUGGAGGCUCCCUCGGCGGCCUCACCGGCAACGCGGCUAGUCUGGUGCCUGCCAUUGUCGCCAACCUCCCAGGCUUGGUGACUGGCGCCCUGCAAUCUGGUGCUGGGACCUUGGUACCUCCCAGUGUCAACAACCUUCCAACUACGAUUGGAGAAUCUCUGGGAAACCUGACAGGCAACGCUGGUGCUCUCGUCCCCGAGAUCAUCAACAACCUGCCAGGUCUCAUCGCAGGCGGUCUAGUCGGUGGCACGGGCACGCUUCUGCCUCCCGCCGUGAAUAACCUCCCUGCCGUCAUCGGCGGUGCCCUAGGCAACGUCACGGGCGCUGCUGAAUCUCUGGUGCCCCAGAUCAUCGCCAACCUGCCUGGCCUCAUUACUGGUGCCAUCGGCAGCAACAGCACGACCUUGAUCCCUGACGUUGUCAAUACGCUGCCUGUCGUCAUUGGCGGAGCGCUGACGAACAGCUCGAUCGGUUUCAACCCUUCGAUCAUCAAUAACCUGCCGAGCCUCGUGAACAAUGCCAUAUCGGGCGGAAACACGACAAUCAUCCCCCCUCAGGUGAACAACAUCCCGGCCGUCAUCAGCGGCGCCAUCGCCAACGGCACGACGGCUGGUGACCUGAUCAACAACCUCAUCGGGAACGGCACCGCGACCGCCGGGGGCCUGCUGCCCAUCUUGUCGGGCACUCUCAACGGCAAUGUCUCCAUCGGAGGGAGCAGCCAGGGAGUUCUUCCUGGCCUCAUCGCCAACGUCUCUGUCGACGCUCUGGGCCCCAACAUCCCGACGCUCAUCAACGGACUCAUCGGCACCAAUGGCACCCUCAAUGCUAUUGCGGGCGGUCUGCUCGGAAAUGGUACGGCGGGUCUCACGAUUCCUGAUAUCCUCGGCGGCAUUGCGGCUGGUACGGGCAAUAGCUCUCUCCCAGGCCUCGUUGGCGAGAUCCUGGGCAACGGAACCGGAGGAGGAAUAAUCGGAGGAGGAGGAAUCGGAGGAGCAGGUGCUGGACUGGGUGUAGGAGUUACAGUUGGAGGUGGACUUGGAGCUGGAGGUCUUCUCCAGAACAUCACGACUGGUCUCAUCGGCGGUGGCAGCGGCGGAGCAUCCAUCCCCGGUGUUCUCCCCGGCAUCGUCGCCGCUGGACCUCGCGCCAACACGACGGUCCCUUCGGUCGAGGUGGUGCUCGAUAACCUCGGCCUCAGCAACCUCACUGCAUCGCUGCCGGCGCUCGUCGACAGCAUCAUCGGCAGUGCGAACCUCACGGGUAAGAAUAUCACUGGCCCGGCUGCAAGCCUGAUCGACGGUCUGCUUGGUCCCGGCGCCUCGGCGGGCAGCAACGUCACCCUCGGCCCUGCUUCAGGGCCUGGCGCUGGACUGAUUCCCAACCUACUGGACAACGUGGCCACUGGCAACGUCACGCAGAUCAUUCCUGAUCUCGUCAAUGGUCUUCUGGGCAACGGUACGGCCAACAGCGGCGGUCUCAUCCCGGACCUGCUGCAGAAUGCCAGCGCUGGUGCUCUUCCGGCGGUCAUCCCCAACAUUGUCGGCGGUCUCCUCGGCGGCGCGACGGUCGGCGGCGCGGCUGGCGAUCUCAACAACCCUGGCGUCGGCGUCAACGGCUCGACCAACGUCAACGGCACGGCCGGAAUCGGAGGUAUUCUUCCUACGCUUGUUGGUAGCCUCAACAGUGGCAACUUGAGCAACAUUGUGCCUGGUAUCCUCACAGGUCUUCUCGGAAACGGCACAGCUUCUUCUGGUGGUCUCAUUCCGGCUGUGGUUGUCAACAUCAACAACGGCACUACAGGCGCCAACGCCAACGCCAAUGCCAACGCGACUGCUGACGUUGUCAACACGGGCAUCAUCGAUGGUCUUCUCGGCGCCGGCUCGGGUGGUGCGCUGCUCAACACGGGUGGUCUCCUCUCUGGCACACGCAACCUGCUCACCGACAGUCUCAACUGCGGCGCCAUCGGUAUCGUCUGCCAAGGCAUACAGAUCUGCCGCGCCGGUGUCUGUAUCAACUCGAGCGGACCCUCUGGCACAUCUACCAUUCCUGCCGCUGGCACCCCGACCAGCCCGGCUGCUGGCAUCUCGACUACUGUCGUCCCCGGCCAGGGUGUCGUCGACCUCCUCAACGACUCGCUCAACUGUGGACGUCUUCUCAACGUGUGUCUCUUUGGCCAGAUCUGCAGCAACGGCCAGUGUAUCGUCGCCGGCGCAACGACAACUGCUCCUCCCGCCGCGGCGCAGCCAACAACGACGGCACUGCCGGCUACCACGACUGUUGCGGGUGGCAACAUCAUCAACUUCCUGACCGACAAUCUCAACUGCGGCAGACUUCUCAACGUCUGUCUCUUCGGUCAGGUGUGUCGCGAAGGCCAGUGUGUCUCGGCCGCUCAGGCCACGACAGCUGCCAUCGCCCCAGCGACGACGACGAUUGCCGUCCAGGUCACGACCACGGCGGCUGGAGGUCAGUUGACCACGGUUCAGGUUCCCACGACCGUCGUCGCCGCGGCACCAACAGCCGCCGGUGCUGAUGCCGCCGUCGGUAUCGUCGACCAUCUCAAUGACAGCCUCAACUGCGGUCGCCUCUUCAACAUUUACAUCCUCGGCCAGACUUGCCGCAACGGUGUCUGCGUUGCUUCUGGCGCUGCUGUCCCGACUACCACUGCUGGUACCACGGCGCCUACAACAACUGCCCGUGCCACAACUACGGCUCCUGUCGUCGGUACCACGACUACUGCUGCUGCUGCUGCUCCCACGACUACUGUUGCUGCUGCUCCCACGACUACGGCGGGUGGUGCCUUUGGUGUCGUUGAUUUGCUCAAUGAUGCCUUGAACUGCGGCAGGCUGCUCAACAUUUGUCUUUUCGGCCAAGUAUGCCGCAGCGGUGUCUGCGUUGCUGCUGGAGCCGCCGUGCCCACGACCACUGCGCCAGCGACGACUGCGCCAACGACGACUCUGGCUGCUACCACAGCCGUCGUCACAACAACCCUCCUUACCGCGACGCGCGCAGCUACGACGACCACCGUUGCUGGCGUCCCUACAACCAUCGCUGGGACUACCACCAUCGCUGCGACUAUCACUGCCGCUGUCGCCCCGACUACCACGACUGGUGCUGCCACGGCUACUACCACUGGAGGAACGCUGGCUGUCAGCCUCGAUCUUCACACGGACCGCCUCAACUGUGGUCGCAUCGGCAACAUCUGUCUCGGCUCUCAGACUUGCUCCAGCGGUCUCUGUAUCUCCGUCGGCGGAGCUGUCGUUGGCGGUAAUACUAUUGCCACAACUGCUACGGCUGCGACGACCACCACCACGAGCACCACUGCUCCGGCGGCUGCGGCCCCGACGACCACAGCUGGCACGACCACACGUGCUGCCACGACGACUACGGCUGCUGCUCCCACGACGACCGCUGCCGCGCCAACCACGACCGCUGCUGCGCCAACGACCACCGGUGCUCAGACGAACGUUGCCAUCGCCGUCUCGACCACGCCGACGACGGCCCCCGCGGCGGUCCCUACGACCACGGCACGAGUGACUACCACAGUCCCGACCACGCCUACGGUCCAAGCAGUCCCCACGACUCCAACGGUCCAAGCUGUCCCCACGACGCCCACGGUCCAGGCAGCCCCGACAACGGUCCGCGCCGCCACGACAACUGCCGCCGCGCCCACGACCGCUCCUCAGGCGGCUACCACAACCCAGCGCGCCGCCACCACCACCGCCCCCUCGACCGGCUCCAGCGGGUCCACCGGUUCAAGCGGCUCAGGCGCGUCGUGCGGUGGCUUCUUCAACCUCAUCCCCUGCAUCUUCCCCCUGACGUGCGUCAACGGACGCUGCCAGCUGCUGGGAGUGAUCGGGUAG